UGAGGCCAAUGUCCAGCUUCCGCUCUUACGUGUUGAGUUAUACACCAUAUAAGUAAAAUAAAAUUCUUCAUUAACAUCCUCUAAUCAGUGUUUUUUUUAAGAUGAAUUUUAGUCAUUCAACUGUGAGUUGAGUCUUUUUUUUAAAGAUAAGGCUUAUUCAUUUUGGCCCACGGUCAACGCCAGCGAGCGAGGAAAUGCCGGGCGCAAGAGAUAUUUCAAUAGGCCCUAUGUAAAUUCAUUUCUUUAGACUUCCAUUGCCAAACCUUCGAGGAUUUUUUCAAAUGAAGGAAUCCCAUGCUCGGAGCCUAGAAUUCACUUCCUGCACUGUGACCAACAACGGGCCUCGCAAUGUUUUUCCGGGUAAACUUUCAUAAACUCAAAAAGAGCACAGGGGGCGGAAUCGGCUCCUGCAACAUCUCCAAUAUCGUCGCAUUGAAAUUUUGUCACGCGCGCUAUUUAAAGCCGUUGAUAGUUUUUAGCCUCAUAUAGUAAUUUUGACACAAAUUUUUGUUACAGUUAGGCAUCCUGUUCUCGAGCAACGUUCAGUUUUUUGAGACAGGUCAGCGCAAAUCUAUACUUUUCCUACUGUGCAGGUUCAAAUCACGCGGGCCAACUUGGCCGGGUCAUGAACUUUAAAUAUUAAUAUCAUCUAAAACAUAGGCUAUAUUGAACCAAAACCUUCCAGUUGUUCUGGCAAUGAGGGUCUAUGCGUAAAAAUGUUCAAAGUGGUCGAUCAUUGUGACGGGGAGAAUACGACCCGGCUGGGUGAUGCUGGUCCAAAACAACCCGGCUCUUCGACUGUUGAUCACAGACUGACCUUCCUUUUUUUAACCAUCAGUCUGGCUUUACGGACAGAGUCAAGUUCAAGACAACUUCAAGUUGACCUCAAGUUCAAAUAAUCAUACGAUAAUUUCAAACUUAGUUAAUACUUCGACAAGGAAAAGGGCAGGGCUCCGAUUAUUCACCCCUUGUUCUCUUGCCAUGCCAUUUGCAUUGAAGUUUGCAGAAACAUCCAUUACAGAAUUUCAGCCCGAUGCAGACACGCCUUUACGGGAUUUAUUCUCUAUUUCCAAGGAUUGAUUUGCCCCGGGGAGGUAUUAAAGUGGAUUUAUUCUCCAUUACAUGGAAAACAAAGGUGGGUCAAAAAUGAUCUAACCCAUUGAUCAUUGGUAACGAUGUUUGGGCUUCAUUGGAACUUGUACAGGUCUGUACUCGCUACGCAGAAGGUACAACCUUAAACAUAAAAUUUUCAAACGACACCAAAUCAUACGGAUCAAACCCUCUGCAUUCCUUCCGGUGUUCUCUUUUAGUUUCCGAUAAUUAUGACAUCGAUUAUGAUUAGGUUCAUGACGUAUCUCGAAGGAGAAAAAGAAACACGCACACACAGCGAUAAUUUAUACGUGCGCGCCCGCUUUGCAAGUGCGCCUUCGUUUGACGUUUCUUAGACGUCACUUUCAAUGCAGCGCGCGUUUCAGCCAGUUACCACGCCAACUGGUGGUUUUUGUUUACUUUCUAUUUGGGAUUUUUUUGCUCUCACACGUGCUUUGUUAACUUCUCUAAAACAUCAUUUUAACGAUCGUUAAUUUGUGACUGCCAACGGAGCGACAUUAUACUGGGGACAUUGCAAACUGUUUCUUGAACCCCUUACAUCGACAAAACUUCACCAUGACUCAUUUUGACGUGUUUGUCAUCAUGACCAUACUGGCGGUAUGCGGUGCACACACAGGAGCACUGGAAUGCCCGGCUAGGCAGGACUACCAAUGCUACAUCGGGUUUCCAUCCGACCUCUUUCCAGCUGGGGCCAACCAAGCUGCGGCUACGGGCGCGCUGGGCCUCAUCCUAGACGCUGCUCGCGGUUGGUGGGCCGCAUUCAUCAGGGCCGCCGAGAGUGCGUCCCAGGAAGCCGAACAAUCUGCACGCUCCAUUAACGGCACCACCCCGACAGACGCACCGAUCGGUCCCUCGUCGGCCUCGAGCAACAACGACGAAGAAGACUUCGACUUCAAGAUCUGGAUCCCAGAAGAGUGGGAAUUGUCGCCGGUAAUCAACUCAACCCAAACACCGUGCUCUGAUCUUGAGAUGUAUCCACCAUCAGCCGAUGAAUUGCCAGUUGCUGAUGAGCAUGAGAAGAGUGAGCAAGCUCAAAGCGAAGUGGACAAAGCUGCCUGUUCCGUGUGCUUUCCUUCAGCUGCAAUGGACGACGCUUCAAGAAAUCUUACUUAUGAUGAAAUCGACGCCAUGCCAUUCCGACCAACCUCCCACUGGCACACCAUCUCCGCUUGGCUGGACUGGUUCCUGACUCACCUCCUCCUCCACCACGCCGCACAUGCACAGCUCCAGAUCGACACCCAAGGUCCGUACUCUGGCACCAUCGCGACGACGGUGACGUCACCCGCGACGACCAGUCAUUGCCGAGCCUUCGUCGCCCUGGACCUGAGCGGUGAGAUUCGCCCCGGAAAGGUGUUCGUCGAGAAGCCGCCCCUGCUGGCCUGGGCCACCCGGACCGUGUCCGUGGCCUUCGUCGUGGUGCUGCUGUGUCUCCUCAGUCCCGCGUGCUUCAUCGGAGAAGAGCAAAAGAAAGAAGCGCGGGAGACCAAGGCGCUGAAGAGACGUAAAGGGAACGAGCAUCGCAGAAACGGCCGUCGAUAUGCUGCAUACAUGAACGCUAAAGGACGCCAAUAGAUCAAUCACACUUCAUUAGAACUUGAGAAAUCUGCGCUGGCUGUAGGCCUGCAUUGAGCCAGCAGAACUUACAAGGACACGGGAAUAUGGACAGUACAAUCUGCCUUAGUCUUUGCUUCAAGUUUUCGUAUUAAAGAAGCAAGAAAUUCGCAUCAGGAACUGUAUUAAAGAGUAGGAUCGACUUCAAACUGUCUCAGCAAAUCUGAGAGAAAGACUGAGAAAGUUGACAAGCUUCAUCGUGUUUCACCAUCGCAUGAGAAUAGCGAAAUAAAUUUAUCACGUGCAAGCAGAAUCUAGAAAAAGGACUAGAAAUGGACAGUUGACUCUGCCAGAAAUAAUUGCCUGCACUUGUCACUGAAAACAGAACAUAUUGCAUUAGAUAGGAUGAUAAUUAUUGUACUCGCAAUAUCAAGAAAAAAAAGACCAUAAAAUCAACGGUAUAAUCUGUUAUUAGAGUGGUAGUUGAUAGCCGUUGCCAAGAACUAAACCUUAAACAUCGAUUUCUCAGUUUAUCAUCUUCCGAUUUCUCCGAUCGUAGUAAUAUUUCAUCGUAUGAAUAAAAAGCAAGAAACCACUCCGCAUUGUAAUUCAUGAAAAACCAUUUAUGUCACAGUAUAACAAUUUGGCAGUAACAGUAACAUUAUGCUGAAAGGGCAAUUGAAUCAUGGAAUAAACUGAAUAUGAAAGAUUAA